GCAAGUACUUCCACCCAGAGGGAGAGGGGCGUCCUUACCGUCGAACUGCCCCUCCCAUGGUCCUGCCCACUCCGGGGGGCACCUCAGCUGGAGUGCUGCGGGAACCCCGGAGGUUGAACGCUAAGCAUGGGGAAGAGCUGCAAGGUGGUCGUGUGUGGCCAGGCAUCUGUGGGCAAAACUUCAAUUCUUGAGCAACUCCUGUACGGGAACCAUGUCGUGGGUUCUGAGAUGAUUGAGACCCAGGAAGACAUCUAUGUGGGCUCCAUUGAGACAGACCGAGGGGUGAGGGAGCAGGUGCGUUUCUAUGACACUCGGGGUCUCCGGGAUGGGGCCGAGUUGCCCAGGCACUGCUUCUCCUGCACUGAUGGCUACGUCCUGGUCUACAGCACAGACAGCCGAGAGUCGUUUCAGCGCGUCGAGCUGCUCAAGAAGGAAAUCGACAAGUCCAAGGACAAGAAGGAGGUCACCAUCGUGGUCCUUGGCAACAAGUGUGACCUGCAAGAGCAACGUCGUGUAGACACUGAUAUGGCCCAGCACUGGGCCAAGUCAGAGAAGGUGAAACUAUGGGAGGUGUCAGUGGCUGACCGCCGCUCCCUCCUGGAGCCUUUCAUCUACCUGGCCAGCAAGAUGACCCAGCCCCAGAGCAAGUCUGCCUUCCCCCUCAGCCGCAAGAACAAGGGCAGCGGCUCCUUGGAUGGCUGAAGGGCUGCCCUUCUUUCUUCACCUUUCCAACCCCGUUCCAGGAUGGGUUGAGGGCACAAGUGUGCAUAAGCAAGCUGUUCUUCCAAUCAGUAAGGGAAUAAUCUUCUAGGCCAGGAAGCUGGGCUGGCCCAGGCCAAUGCCACUUUUGUCCCCUCUUAACUCCAAGAAGUGCAAGUGAACUUGAUUGCUGGCCGGCCCAGGCCAAUGCCACUUUUGUCCCCUCUGAACUCCAAGAAGUGCAAGUGAACUUGAUUGCUGGCCCUCCCCUUGACCCUUCCAUGAUAGUCCCCACCCCACGCCCAGCUCACAUCCCAUUGUCUCCACUGUUACCUGGACACUUAUGGUACAUAGUGUCCCUUCCAUCUGCCUGGGGCAGGAAGCAGGGCUGUCAUGCCAAAGUGCCCAGUCCAUGGUCUGGCUCCUAUCAGGGAUUCCAACUCUCUAAAUUUCCUGCCAGUAAUACAGCACCAGCCUGGGCUCGGCAAAGUGACCAGGUAGUGUGAGCACACUGUCAUAUAUGCUGGCUUAGAGUUGGCUCCUGUCUCUCACUCUGACCUUUCCCUUGGCCUGUUCAAGGCUGGAAAAAGCCAGGCUCCUGGGAGUGGUGUUUUCUGUUUGACCUCUACUCCUCGUCCAGCUCUUUUACUUCCUCUUCCUGCUCUGGGAGCAGAGGCCUCAUUGGUUGAGGUAGUGUGGAAUGAUGACUGGGCUGUCAGUCAUCCUGUGGCCUAGGAAGGCCAUUCUUCUCUGGGCUUCAGUUUUCUCAUCUGUGAGGCGACAGGAGCUCGGAUGAUCACUUAGAGCCUUGGCAGCUCUGUGACUUUCUAAAGCUGGUGGCUUGGGCCUCCUGUGUCUGCCCCUGCUUCACCCUCUUCAAGGUGCUACACCAACCAGCCCUGGAGGCUGGACACGCCUCUUGUAACCACCAGGGGGCAGGAGUGCACUCUGCUCAGUGGCGCAAGCAGCACAGUCCCUGGACCUGCCCAUCGGGCUAGUGUCCAUCCCUCCUGGUUGUUUUUGGCUAGUAGCUGGACUUAUAUUUAUAUUCUCUGUAUUUAUAUGCCUGCUACCCUGGUGAAGGUGGGAUAAGCCGCUCCUCCAGUCCUUCCUUCUUACCUCAGAUGCCUGAACAGAACCAGGCAAACCAGUAGCAGCUUCCUAGGAGCUGACAGGCCUUGUGUGCAGGGCUUGUGCUAUCUAUCAAGUGAGCUUAUAACCCACAACUUCUGGUGCCCACCUAGCUUGUGAUGUGCACACCUCACGUGAGUCAGACACUACAGCCAGGCCACCUCCUGCACCACCCCUUCUCCCCAGGGCUGGCCAAGGAGCGUCAGGGCAUCUCCAGGCUCAGGCUUGAAGUUCAUUUAUUAAUGUGUUGGACACAAUAAAACCACAACUGCUGUUAUCAAAAAGUUUCCC